GGGUUCCAAGUGACAGUUGGAGAUACUGAGCAAUGUCAAGGUGUGAUUGAGAAAGUUGGAGGCAGAAAAUUCAGUUGAAGCUCAGGAAAUUAAGCAAGAAUCAAGUAACGAACGCUAAAUUCAACGUAUUUCAGCAGCUUCUGCUUUGUACCUGUUUAAAUAGACUCGGUCCAUCAGUGACCUGCUGUCUCGCUCUAUCUCAGCAGAGACAUCAAGUGGAGAUGUUGCCCAGACUUUGGAUUGUGACGACCGCUCUCCUGUUUCUUGCCUCGUGCAUCUUGUGUACAAACCCAGGCUUGAAAGUGAGAGUAACGCAGAAAGCGUUGGACUAUGGUCGACAGGUUGGGAUCGGUGUGUUGCAACAGAAGUUGCGAGAGAUGCAUUUUUCAGAUGUUAGCGGUAAGGCGAAAGUCAGCGGGAUUGGCAAAAUAAAAUUCUGGGUCAAAUCGUUAGCCAUUGUCAAGUUGGGUUUACCGGAGUCUAAUCUGAAAUUCUCUGCUGGCCGGGGCAUUCAGCUCUCCAUCACAAAUGGUUUCAUCCAUGUGAAGGGUGACUUUAGAGUUAAAAAGCGCUUUUUUCGGACGAGUGGAUCAUUUGAAGUGUCUGUGAGCCGUCUGUCAAUAUCACAGACGAUAGGAAUGACCCGUGACAGCACUGGCCGCCCAGCUCUCCAAAGCGUUGCCUGCUCAGCCAAUAUUGGGAAAGUAGACAUCAGGUUCAUCAAAAAGAAAAGGUGGUUGUACAAUCUGUUCCGCAGCUUCCUCGAGUCACCCAUUCGUAAAGCUCUUAACAAACAGAUUUGUCCUAAAGUUGCCAGUGCACUAAGCGGGUUGGAAAACAAUCUAAAGACCAUGGAAAUAUCGUUCAAAAUUAACCCAUUUGCUGAGGUUGACUAUUCACUGGUUAAUCAAAUUGAAAUCACCAAUGACGCCAUGGACCUGGAUUUUAAGGGUCAAUUCUACAGAGUGGGACAAAGGAAAGAGCCUCCCUUCAGGCCACCUCCAAUAAGCCUUCCCACUCAAUCCACUCACAUGUUGUACUUGGGAAUAUCUGAUUUCCUUGCUAACUCAGCGGGGUUUGUGUAUUAUGAAGCAGGAAUCUUACAAAUGAAAAUCACUGAUAAACUGAUUCCACCAUCAUCGCCUAUCAGAUUAAACACAAAGUCCUUUAGUUUAAUUGUACCUGAGCUGGAGAAGCUCUAUCCUAACUUGCCGAUCGAAAUGCACCUGCACGCCACUCGAUCGCCAGUUCUGAAGGUUGCAACAAACAACAUCAACGUUCAAGCAUUUGGUGCAUUUGACGUAAACGCGGUCCUGCCAAAUUCAUCCCUCGCAUCACUUUUUGUCCUGAACAUUGAAGCGAGUGUCUCUGCUCAGGUGAACAUUGUUCAGACGAAACUGAUUGGAUCUCUACAACUGAAUCGUCUCAAAUUAACUCUUGGACAUUCUAAUGUUGGCCCUGUUCCGGUGGCUGGUCUGGACCUGAUAAUGAACAUUGCAGUAAAGUUAGCGGUGUUACCAGGCGUCAAUAAGAAACUGGCCCAAGGUGUUCCACUUCCAAAUGUGAAAAACCUAAAAUUUUUAAAUCCCAAAAUUGAGGCGAACAAGAAUAUUCUGGUGAUUGCAACUGAUGUUGAAUAUCAUCUCUUGGUGUCUGAUUUCUUCAGAAGAAUAGACUCGGUCCAUCAGCGACCUGCCGUCUCGCUCUAUCCUGGCGGAGACGACGUGGAGAUGUUGCCCAGACUUUGCAUUGUGACGACCGCUCUCCUGUUUCUUGCCUCGUGCAUCUUGUGUACAAACCCAGGCUUGAAAGCGAGAGUAACGCAGAAAGCGUUGGACUAUGGUCGACAGGUUGGGGUUGCCGUGUUGCAACAGAAGUUGCAAGAGAUACACUUUCCAGAUCUAGAUGGUAAAGUGCAUUUAGAUGUGAUUGGGACCAUACAUUACUCUGUCACAUCGUUACACAUUGACAAGUUGGGUUUACCUCAGUCUGCUGUGAAAUUCUCUGCUUGCCGUGGCAUUCAGCUCUCCAUCACCAAUGGUUACAUUGGUGUGACGGGGAACUUUAGAAUUAAAAAGUCCUUUAUUCGGACGAGUGGAUCGUUUGAGGUAUCUGUGAGCGGUCUGUCAAUAUCGCAGACGAUAGGAAUGACCCGUGACAGCACUGGCCGCCCAGCUCUCCAAAGCGUUGCCUGCUCAGCCAGUAUUGGGAAAGUAGACGUCAAGUUCACCAAAAAAAAAAAGUGGUUGUACAAUCUGUUCCGCAAACUCCUCGAGAAACCCAUUCGUAAAGCUCUGACCAGUCAGAUUUGUCCUAAAGUCUCCAGUGAAAUCAACAAAUUGGAAAACAAUCUAAAGACCAUGGAAAUCUUAUUCCAAAUUAACCGAUUUGCUGAGGUUGACUAUUCACUGGUUAAUCAAAUUGAAAUCACCAAUGAUGCCAUGGACCUGGAUUUUAAGGGUGAAUUCUACAGAGUGGGACAAAGGCAAGAUCCUCCCUUCAAGCCACCUCCAAUCAGCCUUCCCAGUCAAUCCACACGCAUGUUGUACUUGGGAAUAUCUGAUUUCCUUGCUAACUCAGCAGGAUUUGUGUAUUAUGAAGCUGGAGCUUUACAAAUGAAUAUCACCGAUAAAAUGAUUCCAAGUCAAUCACCUAUCAGAUUAAACACAAGGUCCUUCAGUGUAAUCAUACCUCAACUGGAGAAGCUCUAUCCUAACAUGCCAAUGGAAAUGCAUCUUCGAGCCACUCAAUCACCAGUUCUGAAGGCUGCAACAAGCAACAUCACCGUUCAAGCAUUUGGUGCAUUUGAUGUGUACGCGGUCCUGCCAAAUUCAACCCUUGCAUCGCUUUUUGUCCUGAACAUUGAAGCGAGUGUCUCUGCCCAGAUACACAUCGUUCAGAUGAAACUGAAUGGAUCUCUGCAACUGAAUAGUUUGAAAGUGUCUCUUGAACAUUCUAAUGUUGGCCCUUUUUCGGUGGCCAGUCUGGAACUGCUGAUGAACAUUGCAGUAAAGUUAGUGGUGUUACCAGAAGUCAAUGAGAAACUGGCCAAUGGAAUUCCACUUCCAAACGUGAAAAAAUUAAAUUUUAUAAAUCCCAAUCUUGAGGUGAACAAGAAUAUUCUGGUGAUUGCAACUGAUCUUCAAUACCAGCCGAGUGUUUGAUGGGAAAGACAACGAGUCACUGACUGCUUUGAUUACCUAAUUAGGCCACUGCUUCAAUUUUUUUGCAUGUUGCCAAAUAUUAAUUUCUAGCUUGUUGGCUUUUAAUCUAGUACAUUGCAAAAAAAUAAGCUAUUGUUAAACUUUAUAUGCAGAGUCUUGAUAAAUUUCCAAAUCUGAACUUUUGUUUCGAACUUUCAUGUCCAAGAACAUGAAGCAGAAAGAGAUCGCUUCUGAAAUCUUCCUGCAAACGCUUUUGGGGAAAAUAUGAAGCAAAGAUCAGGAAAUUAAGAGAAGCCAAGCUUUUCCUCUAACAAGUAAAAGCAAAUGUGAAGCUUCAUCAUUUUUGAUCGCUACUUUUCAAUGAGAAAGGGGUUACGAGAAACUGUUGGUGUUUUGGAACAAUUUUCAUUUGAGCUCAACAAUUUGCGCUGAGCCCCAAACAGUGCACAUUCCUCAACAUAUCUGCGCAUGGAUAUUUGUUAUACCUAAUAGUCGUGAAACAACUUCUGCAAACUCUCCGUGGAGGCGCCUUCACUUUUCUUGCUGAGCUAUACAAAAAUAAAGAUAUGAAAGAAAAA